ACCGGCUUGUUCAGACAUUCGAAGCAUAUAGAGCUUCCCAUCCACCACAUUCAGUACUGUGGAAGUGUGCGCAAAAAAGGGCCGACGAUUGUCGAAGAAGCCAACCCGACUCUAGGCCCUGGAUUCAUCUCGCAAAAUGGCAAAGGAAGGAGGCUCAAAGUCAAGCAGGUUCUCUCCCGACGAUGUCGUGCUCGGAAAAGUAAAGGGCUACCCUUCUUGGCCAGCGAUCGUCGUCGACGCAGCAAAUGUGCCCAAGAGUGUCGUGAAACAGAAGACGCCCGGAACUGUCAUUGUGCGCUUCUUUCCCGAUGCCGACUACUCUUUCAACAAGCCAUCGGAGCUUCGACUUUUGGACAAGCGCGAAAUCGAUGCAUAUCUCGGCGACCCGCCUAAGAAGGGCAGUGACAAGCUGAUCAAGGCGUACAAGAUCGCGCAGAACCCCGCCGAGUGGAAUGACGAGCAAAAUGAGAUCGUACGAGAGGCCGAAGAGGAUGCCGAGGAGCAGCAGGAUGAGCUCGAGGGGGACGAUGGGGAGGAGGAAGAGGCAGAAGUGGUGGAGGAGAAGAAGAAGAGCAGCAACAGCAAGAAUGGAAACAAGAAGAAGGCGCCGCCGUCAACAGAGAACAGCAGUGAUAUUAAGAAACGGAAGCUGGGCAAUGGGGAAGCAAAGAGCACCGCAACGCCUUCCAAAGAGGACCCUAACACGAGCGUCGGAGAUGUCACAGUCGAUGCCGAAGGUGACGGUGAAGAAAAAGACCCCAACUUCGACAGGCUUCAUGCCAUCCGUCAUGCGCUUCAGAGAGCAUUCGUGCGCGGCCCCAUCGAUUCAGACAGCAUGCCCGCCUACUCCCAGACCCUUACCGAGGCAGAGAAAUUCGAUGGCAUCAAUGCUCGGAUUUUGGUGCAAACGAAGGUGCACAAAGUCCUCAAAAAGAUGUUGCAACUGGAGAAGGGUGCAAUCCCCCGAGAUGUCGAAUUCAAAAUCUCCGAGAGGUCCAAGGUGCUCCUAGACAAAUGGCAGGAAGUCAUCGCCGGCGCGAAGAAACCGGAGGCGGAAGGGACGGCGGCUGGCACGGACGCUUGAAUGAAUGGCUGUUUUGGAUCUCAUCCGCUCGAAUAUGGCUCAAAAUGGAGCCAGAUGAAAGCAAGCUUCUCGGAUCUCUGUCUCUCACCCCUAGCCCAGUCAUCUGCGGGCUUCUCUAUUUGUUAUAUGGUUCCUCUCUCGCCUUCGCUCCCCCUCCUUUCCCCUUCUCUCUUCGUUACUCGAUUGUUGUACUUUUUCCAAAACUCUAUAAAUCUGUCUCAACAACCACCUCUUUCUUUCCUUUCUUUUGAUGUCUCAUCUGUACCUCCAAAGAGACAAAGAACCUUUCUGACUGAAAGAGACAAUUUUGAGGGG